CGCACAAUUGGCGACUAGCCGAUUGACAUCCAUCCAUCUCUAGCCGGGCGGUCACUCAGAGUCUCAGACACGCACAACCAGUACAAGUCUACCUGAAGUGACCCCGUCGACCUGAAGUCCACUACUAGACUCAGUGUACGCAGCAGGCAGCAGCAGCUAGUGCCACCGCUUGCCUAGUUGCCUGCCUACCCUGCAUGCAUGCACGCUCUUCUCUUUCUGUAGCCUGUAUGUAUGCACUGUAUGUAUGGUCGCAGUCUCGCCGAUCUAUCAAACUUGGCCAGCGAUCAGGUGUAGUCCGGUCUGUCUGCGGGAGCCGCGCUGAGAUCUGACGUGGCUACAGUGGCGUCCCAGCCUGAGAAUAGAGGGGCCUUUAACAAGACACCGAGGGCGCGCAGCCAGCGGGAGUACACGCCCCUCCCCUUCCUCGUGCUUCCUAAACUUGUUGGCUGCCUGCAGCUUGCUUGCUUGCUUGCUGCGGCUUCAAUCAGGGUCUUGAAAUAGGGGUGCUGCUCAGGCCCAUCCCAUGGAGUGGUCCAUGUCCAGGGGGAGGCGGAGAUGGAGGCGGUGUGGCAGAUCCAUGCUAAAGCUGGCGGGGCUGUGCCUCGCCGUCGCCGUCUGCCUCUGCCUCUGCCUCUACCUCUGCGGCGUUCGGCCUUGGGCCUGCAGUGGCUGUACUGUGCUGCUCCGUUCAGAGUCCUGGAGACGAGGACGGGCGGCAGCACCUUGCGGCAAUCAGGGGUGCUACACGGGUGGGCAAUGGCGGCGGCUGCUGGCGGAUGGUCCGGGGUCAUACCCGCCACGGUGCACGUCCAAGUGCGGCGACUGCAGCCCCUGCUACCCGGUGCACGUGGCCGUGCCGCCGGGCGUGCCCGUCACUACCGAGUACUACCCGGAGGCGUGGAGGUGCAAGUGCGGCAACCGCCUCUACAUGCCAUGAGCGCAGUCCGAGCAAGCAGGCAGGCAGCCAGCCAGCCAGCCAGCGAAGGAUCGAGAGCGCCGGCCGAGGCGCGCUGGGCCUACGCUCCAUUAUUGCACCGGGCGGGGUGGCUCUCGCGGUCUCGCCUGCGCUGCGCUGCGCGCGCGCGCGCGGUGUCGUGGUCCUCUCGCCGCGCGCAUGGGCGGGAUCUGCGCUCUGCAGCGGCGCGUGCUGGCCGUGGCCAGUGGCGGCCUACCACUCUGACCGGCUGCCGGCUGGGUCCGCUGCCUGGGGAUGCUGAGACUGUGCAUGGCUUUUUCCGUGCCGCGCGCUGGAAUUCGCACGGCCCUACCACGAGCGCGUGGAGGCUUGGAGCGGAGCGGAGGCAUGGCGGGCGUACGGCGCGUCAGCGCGUGCUGGAUCGAUGAAGGAUGAGAGCUGAGAGGAGCUGUCGCGGCCCACUCCUACACGUGUCCGUAUAAUCUGUUCAAUCUUCCAAGUGUUGAUACUCGAUCUUUUCGCAUCUGAGAAUCUUGUUACACAAUUUUCUGGUAACCAAAUAUACUGUUGGAUACUAGUACUAUAUUUCGUGAUAGUACGGAACACUUCAAAUCCUAUUGCCCUACCGUGUUAGAAUUGAUCUCCACCGGUUAGCCCAAUGACAAACUAGGUCUUUGACCUCACGGCUUGAUCGAUAGAGUCCAGCACAAGGUGAGGUUGGUGGGCCUUGUUGCGAAGCUUAUAAAUAAAGAGGUGGGAGUUGACGGCUCA